UCUAACAAAUAAAUAAGCUUCCUACAUACAAAAAUACUCUUCCAAUUACCACAACCACACCCUCUUCUCCAUUCACACCCUAUUAGAUUCUCCCAUAAAAAAAAAAAAACAACAAUCACAGUAACAUCAUCAAACAAAUAAAACUCAACCUAUCCCUCUUCUCUUUCUCUCUCACCUUUUCACAAGUUAUUUUCAUAUAGUGUUAGGGACCAACCUAAACUAUUCUUCAAUAGAGUACUAUAUACUGAAUACUCUCUCUUUCUUCUCUUCACUUUCUAGUUGAGUCACUGAGACACAGUAACAUCAACAGGAACAGAAACAAAAACAAGAAGAAGAAGCUAAGCAACAUGUCUCUUGAAGAGACUCUAAGAUCUCUAUCUCUUGACUAUCUCAACCUUCUAAUCAAUGGCCAAGCUUUUAGUGACGUCACUUUCCAAGUUGAAGGUCGUUUGGUUCAUGCUCAUCGCUGCAUCUUAGCAGCAAGGAGUCUUUUCUUCAGGAAAUUCUUUUGUGGGCCAGACCCACCAUCGGGAUUAGACCCAACAGGAGGAGGAACAUCUCGUCAACCAACAGUUAGACCCGGUGUUAUUCCGGUUAACUCUGUCGGUUACGAGGUGUUUCUGCUCCUGUUGCAGUUUUUGUACAGUGGACAAGUUUCUAUUGUUCCUCAGAAACAUGAACCUAGGCCUAAUUGUGGUGAGAGAGGUUGCUGGCAUACGCAUUGUUCCUCAGCCGUUGAUCUUGCCCUUGAUACCCUUGCUGCUGCUAGAUACUUUGGCGUUGAACAGCUUGCAUUGCUCACUCAGAAGCAACUAAUGAGCAUGGUAGAAAAAGCCUCAAUAGAUGAUGUGAUGAAAGUACUAAUAGCUUCAAGAAAGCAAGAAAUGCACCAACUUUGGACAACAUGUUCCCACCUUGUUGCAAAGUCAGGUCUCCCACCUGAAAUCCUAGCUAAACAUCUCCCCAUCGAUGUAGUCGCCAAAAUCGAAGAGCUUCGUCUCAAAUCCUCCUUAGCACGCCGCUCCUUAAUGCCACUCCACCAUCAUCAUCACCACCACCACCAUGACCUCGGUGACCUCGAAGAUCAGAAAAUCCGCCGAAUGAGGCGUGCCCUUGAUUCCUCUGAUGUUGAACUUGUCAAACUCAUGGUCAUGGGAGAAGGCCUAAACCUCGAUGAAGCAUUGGCAUUACACUAUGCAGUUGAGAAUUGCAGUAGAGAAGUGGUUAAAGCCUUGCUCGAACUCGGUGCUGCUGAUGUUAACUACCCGGCUGGUCCUGCCGGAAAAACACCGCUUCAUGUAGCCGCGGAAAUGGUUUCACCGGAAAUGGUAGCGGUUUUGCUUGACCACCAUGCAGACCCGACAAUUAGAACCGUUGAUGGUGUAACACCUUUGGAUAUACUCAGAACCCUAACCUCUGAUUUUCUAUUCAAAGGUGCUGUUCCUGGAUUAACUCACAUUGAACCAAACAAGUUAAGAUUGUGCUUGGAACUUGUUCAAUCCGCCGCUCUUGUUCUUUCGCGUGAGGAAAACAAUGCUAAUAAUAACAACAAUAAUGCUUCUUCAUCAGCAGCACAAAUUUAUCCUCCAAUGAGUGAAGAUCAUAGUAGCAGCAGCAGUGGUAACAACAACAAUAACAAUAGCAGCACCAUUGGUAACCUGAAUUUGGAUUCUAGAUUGGUGUAUCUCAAUCUUGGUGCUAGUCAAAUGGGUGGUGAUGAUGAUAGUGGACACAAUAGUCAUCAUCAUAGGGAUGCCAUGAAUCGUCAAGGUGGUCAUGGAUGUGAUCCAACAAUGUAUCAUCACUCUCAUGACUACUAAGUCUAGCUACCUAGCUUAGGAGAGAGGAUUCUCUCCGGUGUAAUCUCACCGGAUAUGGUCCAGUGUAAAUCUGCACCGUACAAAUAAUAUUUAAAUGUAUUUGAAUGUGAGUGGUACACUAAUAGACAGUCGAGAUUGCACCAAAGAUAAAACGUCGCAGCAGAGAAUCCUGAUCCCUAGCUAAGCUUGGUAAAAAGUUUUCUAGAGAGAUUCUUAAUAUAUAAUUGAAGUUAUUUUGAAUUACUAUGAUUGAUGAUUGAAGAAGACAACAAGAAAGUUCAUGGAAAAUGGACAAGAAAGAAGGACAUGGAUCGAUAUAGACAUCAACACUGUUGGAUGGAUGGGGCAUAAAAUUCAAUAUUUUUUUUUUGUAUGUUACUUGAAGUUAAUAGUAGUGUUCAUUAAUUAAGUCAUCUCAUUACACUGUGGUUUAUUUGGUUUUUUAAUGUCUUGUCAUGUUAGGUUUUUUUUAAUUUUUGUAAAAGUUUCUGUCAGCAUUUGAAAUGUGGUUUCAUAGGAAUUAGAUGAAUGAGUAUAAGAGACAAGGAGAAUCUAAUUUUUGUUUGGCUGUAAAAUGAAAGGGUGUGCAUAGAGGAGACGCAGAUCAAUCUUUUCAAAACCCAUUUCAUCUGUCAACUCCUUUGUUGUAUUUACUUAAGCUAAUAUCAUUUCAUUUCCAACUUAUUGUGAAUGAAUGAAACCCUUUGGCUUUUUCAGUUUCAA